AUGCUACCAGGAGUGUUUCUAUCUUUGAUCAAACCAACAAUGGCGCACAAGACUGCCUUUAUUGCCGAGCCUGAGAGGCCCACAAUAAUCAAUAACGAACCUGGCGAGAAAAGGCCAUUGACGGGAACAACGACGAACUACCAUUUGGCGAGGAAACCAAAGAAGCCGAACGAGGACUUUGCUGCAUUACUAGAACCACUUAUUAGUUCUACUCGACGUCCUACGAUCUCCAAACCAGACCGAUUGAACUCGGCCAGAAACCUAGGCCACCAUUCGGAAGAAGAAAGUUCAGUCACAGGCGUGCAAUUUCACGGCUGUUGGUUCUCAAGGCAUGUCGACAAUCUCCUUGGUCGAUUCGAUACUUUAGGUUGUGAAUGUGAAUCUGAUAACGGAGUACCUGCUGUAGGUACUGUAUGUACUACAGUACCUAAUAGACCAAGGUUCGGAAAUUAUCUGGACGCCGGUCUCUCCGCCGUGUGGGCUCAUCACAACCAAAGACGUUCAGUACGCUAUCACCAGAUUGGCAGGAGCAAGAUAUGUAUGUCACUGAGGUAUACUUCAUUAUCUCGAACCUUGGGACCAGGAUAUGAGUCAUCGCCGACGGCUGCCGGCCCGGCCUGGUUGAUGAAGUACCAUCAGAUAAUAUCGCCAUCUACGAUCAAGAGCCGUACAGUACAGCUUUUCGUGAACAUGUACAUUUUUCCCCAAAUCUUGUCUCAAACGGCAGACGCAGAGGCAUCGCUGGCCGAUAGAAUAUCGAGUCUUCAUCAGCUCAGAUACAUACAUGUAGUUAGCUCAGAGAUUAUUCUACGUUCAGCAAUGACAAUACCACAUGCCUGUCCGCCAUAUCUCAAGAUGCAGUUGCCCAAGAUGGAAGUGCAAUUAAACUUGAACAGAGGCGGCUGCGCAGCCAAUAGAAUGCCCGUGGUUUGCUAG